AUGGCUCCCACAAUCCCCGAUGAAACAGUUCAGUUCCUCUUAAGCUGCAUCCGCUACUCAAACAGCGGCAAGGUCGACUUCAACGAAGUCGCCAAACAAUGCAACAUCGUCAGCAGAGGAGCCGCCGCAAAACGCUACAAACGCUUGCUCAAAGCCUACAUUGCCGCGGCGAAAGAGACCACGACCACGACCGAAUCCGAACCAGACACAGCAGCAGCUUCCCCAGACUCUUCCCCCAAGGAACUCAAUUCUGCCGAGGCUGGUCUUCCAAAGAAGACCAAAGUCAAGGAGACGGGCGAGAGUUCGAGUUCGAGUUCACCCGCAAAGCGCAAGCCUGCAGGGGAGAGUAGCAAGGUCAGAGCCAAGAAAGCCCGGGUGUUGAAGGAGACUGUCCUCGAGAGCGCACAUAGAAUGGUUGAGCAGAGGUUGAGCCCUGUAAAGGAGGAAGAGGUGUCUGAUGCUGAAGAGGAGAAGGGUCUGGGCGUCGACGCUGAUGCGACUGCUGUCGACGGUGAGACGCUGUUUGACCAGCUCUGGAACUCCGAGGGCGACGGUCAUGUUGCGGUCAAGGAGAGUGAGGAGGCAGCUUGA